GACGAGCGAAAAUAUGUUUUUAGGUACAGAAGGUGAGAUCGCGUGCUAUAUACAUAUACACAUAUUAAGAACCUCUAGUUUCCCAACAUUUAGUCGUUGUCUGUUCAUAGGUACGUGCUCUUACAUACAGCUGCGCACAGCCGAUUAAAUUUCGCAUAUAGAAAACUUAAUUUGCGGACUAUUUUAGGCUAUAAUAUCCAAAGCGCAUUCUAAAGAAGCAUCUUGAAGUAAAUCAAGAUUAUCUUUAAAGAAGCUGGACAAGAAACGUGCAAACACGAAAGAAAAUGAACCGAUCCAAAAAAUCUACAAAAAUUUUCUCAAGGGUAGAAGAAUUGGACUUACUGAAAAACAUAAAAGAAAUUAGACAAUCACAUUGCCAGUGUGUAACUUGUGUGAUGGACCAUCUGAAAGACUUUGUUUAUGAAGAGGCCCGUAGAAUGAACAAGCCAUAUCCUAAAUCGUGGAAUAAAAAUCGACAGGCAACAUUAGAGUGGUUGAAAAGUUUCGAAGAAAGACACGACAGUGAAAUGCGCAUUCGUUUCUGGUCUACUUGCGAAGCUGAAACCAUUGAGAAGUUAACGAGCAAACAAGAUUCCUCGUAUAAAGAAAUUUUUACAUUUGAGGAAGAAUCUGAAAUAUUGAAAUGUGUUAUAGAAUUUAGUAAAGAGAAUCUCUCUAGCAAAAAUGUCCUGAUGAAAGAAAUAGCAAUUGAAGCUUAUAAAACAGCUUGUGAAUUUAAAAAAUCCUAUCCAGUAACGUGGAAUAUGUCUAAACAGGCGGGAUGUGAUUGGCUGAAAGGUUUUGAAGAAAGACACAAAGAUGAAAUUUUAAAAACAUUGUCUAGUUUCAAACCAAAAUCUCCGGAGCCAAUGUCAAGCUCAGGAUCUUCCGCAUAUAUUGAGCUUUUUACACUUUCGGAAGAAGAAAAGUUACUGACUAACGUACGAUUACAGAAAAGGAGUUGCCAUUGCAGAGGGUGUAUAAUGAAAGAAAUAUCAGCUGAAGCUUAUAAAAUCCUCCCUGAUGAGGAGAUGAAUUUCUAUCCAAAGUUGUGGAAUACAAAUAAACAGAUGGGACAUGAUUGGAUGAAAGGUUUUGAAGAAAGACACGCAGAUAAAAUGUCACAAUUAUCGCCUACUUGCACGGUAGAAUCUCAAGAGCCAAAAUCACCUGAAUACCCUUUUACAGAUGAAGAAGCGAAAAUGUUACUGAAACACGUACAAGCAAUAAAAGAAGGCUGCAAAUGCAUACAUUGCAUAAUGGAAGCAAUAGCAGUUGAAGCUUAUAAAAUGGUCGUUUUUAAGGGGAAGAAGUAUCCAGGUUCGUGGGAUAUAGAUAAACAGGCGGGACUUGAUUGGGUGAAAGGUUUUGCAGCAAGACACGAAAGUAAAAUAUUACAAUUAGCGCCUUCCUGCGAAGCAGCAUUUCCAGAGUUAAUGCCAAGCCCACGAUCUUCCUUAUAUAGUACAGUUUUCACAUUUUCGGAUGAAGAAAUAUUACUGGUAUCCGUACUAUCAAAGAAAAAGGGUUGCCAAUGCAGAGAGUGUAUACUGAAAGAAAUACCAGCUGAGGCUUAUAAAAGAGCCUAUAAUUGCAAUAAGAAGUAUCCAGAGUCGUGGGAUAUAGAUAAACAGGCGGGACUUGACUGGCUGAGUGGUUUUACAGCAAGACACGAAAAUCAAAUAUUACAAUUAUCGCCUAAAUGCCGAAAUGUUAAGGUUUUUACAUAUUCGCAAGAAGAAAUGUUACUGGCAUCCGUAAAAGCCAAGAAAAAGGAUUGCCGAUGCAGAGGGUGUAUAAUGAAAGAAAUACCAGCUCGAGCUUAUAAAAGAGCCUAUAAGCUCAAUGUGUAUUAUCCAGAGUCGUGGAAUACAUUUAGACAGGCGGGAAGUCGUUGGCUGAAAGCUUUCGCGAAAAGACACACGCGUCAAAUUUUAGCUAUAUCGCCUUUUUGCAAAGCAAAUUGUUUUGACGUCAGCACGAUACAACAAUCCUCAGCUAAAGUCAUUUUUACAUUGAAAGAGGAAUUCGGGCUGUUAGAGAUGACACAAGUAAUGGCAUUGACGGGACAGUGCGAUUGUAGAUCGUGUGCAAUGCAAAUAUUAGAAGCUGUGAUUUAUCAGGAGACAGUGCGAGAGAACAAACCAUAUCCUAAAUCAUGGGAUAUUCGCCAGGCUCCAGAUCAUAAAUGGCUGAAUCAAUUCGUAAAGAGACACUGUAGUGCAAUUGCAGCAUUCUCAGACGUUUGCAGAAUACCAACAGUUACAAAGAGCGGCGAAGAAUAAUUCUUGUUUGAAAGAAUUUUAAUAUUUGACAAGGGACGAUGGUUAUUGACAGGUACAGACGUGGUCAGAAAGGUUGUCCAAUGUGUUUUAUGAUAAAUUUCGGAAAUACACUCUCUAAAGAUUAAUUAGUGAAUAAAUCAAUUGAAAACAGUGAACAGUCACAACUGAAAGUCGUAGUAGUAUACUUAUAACUGUAAAUCAGUGACUAUUCAUUGACUUCAGUGAUAAUCCUCUGAUUGACUUUCAGAAAGCAGUCUUUCAUGGGAAAUAUAACUUUUGCCUUCAGAUAUGUACAGGGACGCAUUACUAGAACAAAAAGAUGAUAUGUACGAAUACCUACAAGUAUGUAAUGAUACGAAUAUUCCGAAAACUUCUUGUGAAACACCUGACAACCUUUCUGACCAUGACCGUACAAACGAUGAAAAUCAAAUUAGUGUGCGAUUGCAAAAAAAUUCUUAAUAAUAAACAGUUACUAUUCUAGUUUGUAAGUUAGACCGUAAUAGAAGAAGACUUGUCGCAUAGUCAUAAUAAUAAUAACUAUCAACCAAUAGCAGUAUCGUAACUAACAAAAAUUUAAUCAAUUUCAGUUAGCAAUAUCUAACUGAUAACAUUCUGUAUAAUCUUUAGAAGUAAGUAGCAUGUAAGUUUAAUCGUUCGAUCCAUUUUUUAUUAAGAUAAUUAUCAUAAAGUCUCUACGUGAUAAGAUUAUUAGUUGCUCAUCACUUAAUGUAUCCGACUUUUUCUCUACAUUUUCAACUUGAUUGUAAAAGCUCGUGGGAUUAAUCUUUAGGUACUUAUCAAAGUAUAAAGCUUGUAAAGGUGUCAUUUUUAGAUACUUUACCAACGUAUAAAAGUUGUAUUGUUGUACAUUUUUAUUUAAAAUAAUUAUUUAGGGACAUUUCGUAAUCGGUUUGGAAGAUUACAUCCAGCUCGUUUUAAUGAUCAAACGCUCCAAAUGAUGUUUUUUUCUAUGUCAACGAUAUUAUUAUAUUAAUUUUUAUUCAAUAAUUGACGUUUAAAAAUCACUGUCUAAUAAUAUCAAUCAACUGGCGUUAUUGUUGUCAACAUAUUUAAACAUUUUCAUAAUUGUACAGGUGCAAAGUUUGUUUUACAUCA